GAUCACGAAGUUGAAAACCUUGCUGUAUUGGUAAACCUCAAUUGAUGGGGAGAAACAGAAACUGUUGAAUUUUGAUGAUUCAGAUGGCGCUUUUUCCUAUUCGUCAUCGUCGUCUCCGUUUCACGAUUUUACCCUUCUGUUUGAUAUUGUUCUAUGCUUGUUUCUCGAUCGUUGAUUGUAGAAGGAACGUUAAUUAUGUCUCGCAUCAACAACGACAGCCUUCAAUCACGCCUAUCACUCGUGAUCUUUAUCACACUAGUGCCACAUUAAUGGAAGAGAUAAAAAAACUGGUUCAUCGUCACCAAGAUAGAUUCCAUAUGGAGACACUUACAAGUUCAAACAGGGGCUACCAGGCUGAUCUCAAUGUAGUUACAUUUUGCCAGAAGAUACAUGAGAUUGAAGAAGACAAGUCAAAGUUCAGAAUCCUUCUUAGUUUUGGGCAGCAUGCACGAGAGCUUAUUACAUCUGAACUUGCACUCAAGAUCCUCUACAUCUUGAGUGAAGACCAAACUUUACCUAAAAGGAAUCCACUCUUGCUCAACAGAACCCUCCAGAAUACUAUUAUAAAGGUGGUGCCAAUUGAAAACUUGAAUGGACGCAAAAAGGUUGAAGCUGGAGAGCUUUGUGAACGCAGAAAUGGGAGAGGAGUUGAUCUCAAUAGAAAUUGGAGUGUAGAUUGGGGAAAAAAAGAAAAGGAUUUUGAUCCUAAUGAAGAGAAUCCAGGGAGUGGUCCUUUUAGUGAGCCUGAAGCUCAAAUGAUGAGGAAGCUUUCAAGAUCAUUUCAUCCACAUAUGUGGGUCAACGUGCAUUCUGGAAUGGAGGCUCUGUUUAUGCCUUAUGAUCAUAAAAACACUACACCUCCUGGUGAGCAAUCCGAGAAAAUGAAGUUGAUGCUUGAAACAUUGAAUCACCUUCACUGUGAAGAUCGUUGUGUGGUUGGAUCAGGGGGAGGAUCUGUUGGGUAUCUAGCACAUGGCACAACAACAGAUUACAUGUUUGAAGUUGCAAACAUCCCCAUGGCUUUCACAUUCGAGAUAUAUGGAGAUGAAAAAGCAUCCUAUAAAGACUGCUUCAAAAUGUUCAAUCCUGUUGACCAACCUACCUUCAAUAGAGUUGUGAACGAGUGGUCUGCUGCAUUUUUCAGUAUGUUUGAAAUGGGAGCACAUGAGAUGAAGAUGAAGUUUGUGGAAGAUAGGGCUCCUUUUAACGUGGAUAAUUUGAUCUCUAUUGAUGAUUAUUUGAAAGGGUAUUUAAUAGAAAGGAAAAACAGAUAUGCAGAAAAAACAGAGUUGCUUGAGAUUGGUUUGCAGGAGAUGAGAACAUAUUUCAGACUGUUCUUGCUAUCUUCAAUUUUGUUGAUGUUUAUGUUCUGUUCCAGGAUCCCAAAGAGUAGUAGCAGUAGAUCCAAUAUGCCUCCCGUUACUCCAUGA